GAAAUACCGCUUAUUAUCGACUUCGUGAUUGACAAAUUUUCUACGCCCUUGAACUCGCCUCUUAGGUUUGGAUAUGACACCAACGUAUGCACCCCACCGAAAGCCAGUAAACUUGAUAUCAACGUAGCAACUGCACAGGGCAGAGUCUCGAAGUCACCUAGGCCUCACAUGACAGCUUCCUCGCUGGCAGCACUGUCCUCUAAUCUUGCAAGCCACCGCAGUGUCAGCGAAUCGCUGCUUGACGAAGUCUUCUUCACUCCGAAGUCAUCUCAAUCGUCCCAGUCGCUCGUUUCUUCCCCCUCUCCUUCCCCAAGCCCCCUGUCCAAGUCUCUGUUCCAGUUGACACAUAUCCGUAGCUUGGCUGUAUCGGACUCAGCUAGCUCGUCGCUAUCAGAAACCCCCAGCGCCAAGAGUGUUCUCGGAGGCGCGAACCGACAAGCCUGGGUUUUCAACUCGAGAAUGACUUCCAAUUUAGCUAUGGCUCUUCCUGUAGAGGACAAAGAGAACGAGCAAACUAUAUACCUUGGCACGUCAGCAACAUUCUCGACAUUGCCGACACCUUCCUUUGCUCCUCCGUCGCCAUCGCCUAGUGUAGAUGUGAUUUCUCCCAUAUCUUUGACAUACUCCAGGAGACAUCGCAGACCACUGGAACGCUCAGGAGCCAUCCAUCACUUGAAGGCCCCUCGCUCAAUCCCAAGAACCUCUCGGCUCCAUAUACAUGUCCGUGAGCCCCAGUCGCCAGCCACCACGCCUGUACCGACAACUCGCUGGCAGCUCACUGACUCCCCUUCGGCAAGCUCCAUACAUUCGUGUCCUUCUGCAAGUACUUCGGGCGACUCAUACGUCUCUAAGCAUCCCUAUCUUCCACGUGAUCUGGCUUGGCUCGGAGGGACAGAAGUUGAACUCUGGAUCGACCAGGAAGGCUUCCGCGCGAUCCGGCCCAUGAUGCGAUUGAUGGGGUAUUCCCCACGCUCCCGUUCACUCCUUCCAUAUGGUGAGCGUGGCGUCUCAGCCGACGUGAGCGGAGGCUUUGCGGAGUUCAUGCCAGUUAAGCGCGAGAGCUUCGCAUUCCACUAUGCGAUUCUCGAUGGUCUGCCGAUGCUACGGCGUGUCACUGUGGGCGGGGACGAGUCGCGUGACUAUCUCUCCCGGCAAGCGGCGCUGAACAUCAAGACGAAUGGUGUGUAUACCGUUCUCGGGAGCGAGAGCAUGGUGCUGGGAAGCUCGCAGGAGCACGUGAAGUUGCAAUGGAAGUUCGAUUACCUCGUGGAGGACCGUUAUACGGAUGGUUCGCGGCGAGUCCUCCCCGGCGAGAAAGUUAUCACGCCAUUGACGUUUUCGUGUUCUCCAUUCCUGCUGCACAAAGUUCUCCGCGGAGAGACUGGAGCCGCCUGAGCGUCCCAAGAAUGUCGGGCAGCUAAACCAACUUGAAGUACAACGAACGGCGAGUUGCCGGCGUAUGCGCAGGCAUGGGCCGUCCAGGUCAGAUGCCCAUGCGAGCCCGGAAGGCGUUCUUACCUUGGCAAGCGGUGCCCUUGUUGGCAGCUCUCCCUUGGGAUCAAAUGGUGGCAGAAUACUCGAAAGCACCAGACAGAUGCAAUACACUCGGAGACGGAGGGCCUCGUCAGCUGGAGAACACGGUUACGUCAUAUCAAGCUUGCAUGAGCUUAUGUCUGUCCCACCAGUCACUAUCGCCGAGGAUGCAACGGCCGAGCGACCGAAGAUGAUCACACCCAGACAAGACCCACCCCGAGC